AUGACCCACUUCCUGCUUCAGUUCUGUUAUUCCCAGAGAGGUCCAACAGCUGUUGAGGCCCUUGACGGAGGUGAUGUAGGAACAGGCACAAUUGACUCAGAUGAAGCAAGACAGUUGACUCAUGAAGUAAGACAAUUGACUCAGAUGAAGCAAGACACAAUUGACUCAGAUGAGGCAAGACAGUUGACUCAGAUGAAGACAAUUGACUCAGAUGAACCUCCCUGUGUCCCAAUGUCCCAAACCUGCCUGUGUCCCAGCCUCCUGUGUCCCAGCCUCCCUGUGUCCCAACCUCUCAAUGUUCCAGCCCCUGUGUCCCAGCCUCCCGUGUCCCAGCCUCCCCUGUGUCCCAGCCCCUGUGUCCCAAUGUCCCAACCUCCCUGUGUCCCAAUGUCCCAGCCUCCUGUGUCCCAGCCUCCCUGUGUCCCAGCCUCCCUGUGUCCCAGCCUCCCCGUGUCCCAGCCUCCCUUUGCCCCGGCACGUACCGAUUCUCAGGACAUCACCAGCACUCUCAGGACAUCACCAGCACUCUCAGGACACCACCAGCACUCUCAGGACACCACCAGCACUCUCAGGACAUCACCAGCACUCUCAGGACACCACCAGCACUCUCAGGACAUCACCAGCACUCUCAGGACACUACCAGCACCUCAGGACACCACCAGGAUUCUCAGGACAUCACCAGCACUCUCAGGACAUCACCAGCACUCUCAGGACAUCACCAGCACUCUCAGGACAUCACCAGCACUCUCAGGACAUCACCAGCACUCUCAGGACACCAUCAGCACUCUCAGGACACCAUCAGCACUCUUAAGACACCACCAGCACUCUUAA